CCCUAAAAAUAACAAAAGAAGCGAUACUUUUUGGAUGGUCUAUAAAGAACCAAAAUAUAUAGUAUCAACGCGAUAAGUUGAAGGAAGUUUCAAGUUUACUUCUUUGCAAAACUAGUUUCUAUUUCUGCUCAUUUUCCCCUUCUUCAAAAAGUAGUUUUCGCUUACAUUCUUUCUCCCCCAGUCAAUGGCCAAUGAGUUGCUAGUGAUAUUCCUUGUCGUUUCAUAUUUGUUUGUCUCAGGAAUAACCUCGAGAAACUUUACCAUAGAGAACAAAUGCGAUUACACUGUCUGGCCAGCAGCCUCAAAUGGUCCUGGGGGCAUUUCCCUCUCCACCACCGGCUUCAUGCUGAGGAAAGGAGAGGCGCGUGUUAUCAACGCGCCGUUCUCGUGGACAGGUCGUUUCUGGGGUAGGACAUUCUGCUCCACCAACUCAACUGGAAGUUUCUCCUGCGCCACCGGAGACUGUGGUACUGGAAAAGUUGACUGCGGCGGAGCCGGCGUAUCUCUUCUUCCGGCAACUUUAGCCGAGUUUGCCCUCGACAUUAGCGGUAAAGACUACUACGACGUAUCAGUCGUCGACGGUUACAACCUUCCCAUCCUAGUUGUCCCACAGGGCGAUAAGACGUGCAGCAGCACCGGGUGCGUUGUCGAUAUGAACGUGACGUGUCCAUUCGAGCUGAGGGUGACAGCUAACACCAGCAUGAUCGCAUGCAUGAACGCCUGUCAGAAGCUGAAGUUGCCGGAGUAUUGCUGUACUGGUAAUUAUUCUACACCGGACAAGUGCAAACCGUCACUGUAUUCUCAGAACUUCAAGAGUGUGUGCCCACGCGCCUAUAGCUACACGUACGAUGAUGCUAGCAGCACCUUCACAUGCGCAAGCAAUAAAUCUAACUAUGCCAUCACCUUUUGCCCGUCGACUAUUCUCAACACAACCAAAAACAACAGUACUUCAGUGGCUGAUUCUCCAUUUCCUGCUCAAACAAAUGAUGGAGGUCUUGAACCUCCCACAAGACCUCCCACAGGAUCUCAACCCACUAAUAAAGCUACUACCGAACAAAAAAAAAAAAUAUCAUGGAAGUUAAAACUCAUCAUGGGAGUUUCAGCAACUUUAGUUGUGAUGAUCAUUAUUAUGGUGGGAAUAAUACUGAGGGCAAGGAAUGCAAGAAAAAAUGAUGGGAAUGAAGAAAACGUUGAAGCAAUUGUAAUGUUGAAACGAUAUAGUUAUGCAAGAGUCAAGAAGAUGACAAACUCAUUUGUGCAUGUUCUCGGGCAAGGAGGCUUUGGUACUGUAUAUAAAGGGAAGUUACCGGAUGGAAACCAAGAUGUUGCAGUGAAGGUUUUAAAAGAGUCAAAGGGGAAUGGACAUGAGUUCAUCAAUGAAGUAGCUAGCAUGAGUAGAACAUCCCAUGUUAAUAUCGUUUCUUUGCUUGGUUUCUGUUAUGAAGGAGACAAGAGAGCUAUAAUCUAUGAGUUCAUGCCCAAUGGAUCCCUGGACAAGUUUAUCUCAGAGAAUAUGUCAGCAAAGAGGGAUUGGGAGAAGCUAUAUGAUAUUGCUUUAGGUGUCUCUCGCGGCCUAGAGUAUCUGCACAACCGUUGUGUGUCAAGGAUUGUACAUUUCGACAUAAAGCCGCAAAACAUACUCAUGGACAAAGAUCUUUGUCCUAAGAUUUCUGAUUUUGGUCUUGCUAAGCUCUGUAAAAAUAAGGAGAGCAUCAUAUCCAUGCUAGACACAAGAGGAACGGCAGGAUACAUUGCUCCUGAAGUGUUUUCUAAGAAUUUUGGAGGAGUUUCAUAUAAGUCAGAUGUGUACAGUUAUGGGAUGGUGGUUCUUGAGAUGAUUGGAGCAAGGAAUAUAGACAAGGUUGAAAAUUCUGGAUCCAACAAUAGUUCAAUGUACUUUCCAGAUUGGAUCUAUAAGGAUUUUGAGAGUGGAGAAAUCAUGAGGAUCUUCGGAGAUCAGAUAACAAUAGAAGAAGAGAAAAUUGCAAAGAAAAUGGUAUUGGUUGGUCUAUGGUGUAUUCAGACAAUUCCAUCUCAUCGUCCAACAAUGAUCAAAGUCACUGAAAUGUUAGAGGGGAGUAUAGAAGCUCUCCAAGUUCCACCUAAACCUCUCUUGUGUUUACCUGCAAGUGUUCCAGAAACUGUUGAAGAUAGUAAUGAGACUUCAUGCUCCUCUAACCCAAAUCAGUUUUGUAAUCUUUCAGCUUAUGAAGAUACUUUACAAUUUUCCAACAAAGAGUUUCAAAAACCUAAUAAAGGAAGUCAAAGUACUUCAAAGUCUUCAUCAACUAAAGUCAGCAAAGAGACUUGAUCGCUUACAUAAAACUUGUCAUUAUCUUGAGGUAUUCUUGUCGGUUGAUUAUAUAUAGUUCAUAUGUGAUUGUAUUGAUUAUAUGCUUACUAGAACAGGAAUAGCGCAAUGCACGGUUAUUUUUCAUUUUUAAUGAUAAACUAAGUUAAGAUCGCUCAAUG